AUGGCGCAAAAUAAACCAAACACGGAGAAUAUCGAGUCCAUCGAGAUGGACCCCCCAGACACCCAGCUCAAGGCCCCCAUCAUGCGGACCAAGGAAGAUGACCUCGGCGUGUGGCAGAGUGUCAAGCGGUACAAAUGGGUGUCGGUCCUGGCCAUGGUUGCCGCGUUCAGUGCCUCUCUAGACGGAUACCAAAUCAACUUGAAUGGCGGCAUCGUCGCUAAUAAGGGCUUCAUCCGUCAGAUGGCUGCUCCAGGCACAACCAUCAUCAACAGUAACUAUGUCUCUGCCUGGGGUGGCAUCCAAUCUGCAGGCCAAACCAUUGGACAAAUUCUGCUUCAAUUCGCCACUGAACGUUUGGGUCGGAAAGUAGCGUUUUACAUCCUGUCUAUUUUCCUAGUUGCAAGCAUCUUCGCCGAGUCGUUCGCCACAGCCUGGGAUCACUGGCUGGUGGCUAAACUGCUUUCUGGGAUGGGCGUCGGCAUGCUCCAGGCCACGCUGCCGUUCUACAUUUCGGAAAUCGCACCCACCCAGCUACGAGGGUUCUUGAUCAAUGCCUACACCUUCUGGUUUGUUCUCGGUCAGCUCUUUGCCUCGCUGGCUCUCAAUCGCCUCAACGCUCAGGAUCCCUACGACUUUCGCACCGCCAUCUAUACUCAGUGGGCGAUGGUUGGCAUCUCCAUCGUCAUUAUCAUUAUGAUCCCCGAGUCCCCGUGGUGGCUCGUCAGCAAAGAUAGACAGCCUCAGGCAGCCAAGAUCCUGCACACCUUCUAUGGCCACGUCGAAGGAUACGACAUCCAACAGACAAUUGACGCCAUGACCGCAACAGUGGCUGAAGAACGCCGGCUGGCGAGAGAAAACUCCCAGCAGGGCAUCUGGGCCAUUUUCCGCGGGCGAAACGGCGUGCGUUUCCUGAUUGCCGCCUGGCCCAAGAUCACACAGCAGUUUGUGGGCUUGUCGGUUUUUAACACUUAUGCCACCUAUUUCUUCCAAUACGCCGGCAGUAAUAACCCCUUCCUGGUGACGCUCAUCCUGUCCUGCACGCAGAUCAUCUCCAUGAUCUUCACCUCCUCCAUGACCGACAAGCUCGGCCGCCGCCCAUUGACCGUGUAUCCCUACGCGGUGACUGUUGUCUCUGUGCUGUGUCUGGGCAUCAUCGGGUGCUUCGAUUACACCGAAAAGGCAACCAGCUCGCUGCUCAUCUUCUUCGCCUGUCUCGCCACCUUUUCCACCACCGGCGCCUCCGCCAUCGGAUACGCGUAUGCAGCGGAGGUGCCGCGCCAGGCCCAGCGAGCCCAGACGGCCGGCUGGUCGCUGGCUUCCUCCAAUUUCCUGUCCAUCAUGUUCAGCUUCUGCACCCCGCUGAUGAUCAAUGGCAAUGCCCAGUGGGGGGUCAAAACGGGCUUCUUUUUCGCUGCCACUGGCUCCAUUGCGGUGGUGGUCGCCUGGUUCAUUCUACCUGAAGUCGCCCUGCGUACACCGGCAGAGAUUGAUGAGCUGUUUGAAAAGAGAGUCAACUUCCGCAAGUUCAAGGGUUAUGUUACAGAUGUUGAGAUCAAUGCCAGGGCUGGAUAUGUGGACUCUUAG